UGUAGCAAAGCAGAGACUUCCUGUUUUGCCGACUGGUAUCUCUCUGCCCUUUUCUCAGUCUCCCAGGAGCCACCCCAGACCAGCCCCUGGAUCUGGAAGCAGGCACGAACACGUAGCCAUCUCAGCAUCCAGGAGAGACACCAUGACCAGGGCCUUGGAAAAGGCUCUUCUUCAGCACUUUAUACGACAGAAGCUGGAGAUCGCUUAUGCCAUCAACAAGCCAUUUCCCUUCUUCGAAGGCCUCCGAGACAACUUCUUCAUCACUGAGAGACUGUACAGGGAAUCUAUGGAAGCCUGCGAAAAUCUGGUCCCUUUAUCCAGAGUUGUGUACAACAUUCUUACCCAACUGGAAAAGACAUUUAGUCUAUCAUUUCUGAAGAUAUUGUUCAGCCAAAUUAACCUGAAUGAAUACCCCAACCUGAUAACGACUCUCAAUAGCUUCACAAGAGUUGUCACUUCCCAUGGAGGCUGGAACAGAAUCACAACCACCCUUCUCAAAGCCCCAGCCAACCCAGCAGAAAGAAGCUCCCCGAGGACCCUGCUAUUGCCGCGUCUCCCCUGCCAACAACCCCUACGGAGCCUCCCACCCUGUGGACCCAGUGUCAGCGAGCCCAGAGCACCCGCCCAGCAUAGCUCUGAGGUCCUGCGUGAGCUGCCCAGCCGCGCCGGCCUCACCGUGACUCUCUGGGGAACCGUCCAGAAAGGAAGGCUCAGUCCAGUGUCCAGUGACAACCUGACCCCUCAAAUAAAAGAUAAAGAAGACACGCAAGAGAUGCCCUGCACUUCCUCAGACCCUGUGCCAGUGAGAAGAGAUGAUGUCCCUGAACCAAGUGACCCAAAGGAGCUCCAGGAGGCAUCCAGGACACUCCCCAGCAAGAAAGGAAAGAAAAGAAAAAGAUGUAUCUGGGCCACCUCAAAGAAGAGACAGCAGAACAAAAGCCACCAAGGAAGUAAGAUGAGAAAACAAGAAGGGGCUGGAGGCCUGAGACAGCUCAUCCUUGUUGGCCAAGGGGCAGCCUUACCUGGGCAUGGGAUCCAAAAGACACUCCAAGGACUGGAUCAGGUGACUCAUACAGAGGACGACUCAACCAGGAAUACAAAGGUCAUGACAAGGACACAAAAGAGAAGGACAGAAUGUGCCCAGAUGCCUAAAUCAGAGGAGAUCAGUGAUAACACUUCAGAAAUGGAUGAAGGGAAGAGACCCCAGGAGCCACCCGGCACACCACCAAGAAUCACCCAUGGCAAAGAUUCCAUGGAUGAUGACAGUAAACUGUCUUUGGAAAAAUCUCCUGGGAAAAAGCAAAAGAAGAGAAAAAAAAGAAGAGAAAAAUACAUAACUGGUCAAGUUCAAAAAACAGACAGAAAAAAAUGUCUCUCAAAAGGAGCAGCCUCAUCAGGGCUCAGAAUCCAAGAGAAGCUCCAAGGGGUGAAUCAGGUGACUCAAAAGAAGGAUGACUCAACCAGAAAAUCAAUGGUCAUGACAAGAGCCCGAAAGGCACAGGCUGAAGGUGCCCGAAUGCCUGCACAAAAGGAUAAAGCUGGUGGUGGCACUGGUCACGUGAAUGCUCAGCGUGGGAGGGUCGCUCAUGGAGCCCGCACAGAAAAACCCAAAGAUAAAACUCUCGAUUUUCACUCUCCUGAACUCCCCGUGACCUGUGGGGAGGCAAAGGGGAUUUUAUAUAAGGAGAAAAUGAAGCAAGGAUCCUCAGAGAAGUGUAUUCAGAAUGAGAAGGGAGUUUGGUUCACACCAGCAGAAUUUGAAAUUGAAGGAAAGCGGAAACAUUCUAGGAACUGGAAGCGGAGUGUGUUUUGUGGAGGAAAGAGCCUAGAAAAGCUGCUGCAGAACGGAAUUUUGUUCUGUCCUUCAAGAAAACAUCUCAAGACAGAGCAGGAAAACUCCAAGGAAUGUGAGGUGUGCUGUAAAGGGGGCUCGCUGCUCCGCUGUGACACUUGCCCGCGAUUCUUUCACGAGGACUGUCACAUCCCACCCGCGGAGGCUGAGAGGAGCCCGUGGAGUUGCACCUUCUGCAGGAUGAAGGAGUCUUCAGGAAACCAGCAGGGUCUCCAGGAAUCUGAGGUUUGGGCAAGGUCCAUGCAGCCGGAGGAGCAGCUGAAAUGUGAGUUUCUCCUCUUGAAAGCCUACUGUCAUCCACAAAGCUCUUUCUUUGCGGAGACCCCAUGUAAUAUUCGAGAUUAUGGUGAGCCCUUCAGGGAAGCCAUGUGGUUGGACCUGGUUAAAGAAAGGCUGACUGAGAAAGUGUACACAAUGGCUUGGUUUUUACGGGACAUGCGCCUAAUAUUUCACAACCAUAAAACAUUUUACAAGGCUUCCGACUUUGGUCCGGUAGGACUGGAUUUAGAGGCAGAAUUUGAAAAGGACCUCAAAGAAGUGCUUAUUUGUCAUGAAGUCAGUGAGAACAGCUUCCAGGCUCGUCCUUGAUCCUGUUCUGGAUGGACUAAAGUAUCCCAACUUCAGGAUCCAUAUAAUGGUACCCUGGCCAUCCUUAGAUUGCCAACGACUCUGGGAUGCCAUUGGCUGCCCUUGUCACUCAAAUCCGACUUUACAUAGAAUCAUCAUGUCCUCCACCUCCUUUUAUUCUUUUUGUAUUUCACUCCCCCCUCAAAAAAAAAAUUGAAUUGUUUCUUAAUACCAUUAAAUACCUCACCACCGUU